AUGGCCAAGGAAAUCAAGGAAAUCCAAACUAAAGACGCUCCAGCUCCUGUUGGGCCCUAUUCGCAAGCUGUCUUGGCCGGAAGCACUCUUUACUGCUCUGGUUCCAUCGCGCUUGAUCCUGUUACUGGAGAAUUUGUGGGAGGAGGGGAUGUCCAGGAAGAAGCUCGGCAAUGCCUGAAGAACAUGGGUGCUAUUCUCAAAGCAUCAGGGGCCUCGGCUAGCAACGUCGUGCGUUGUACCGUGUUUCUAAGCGACCUUAACGAUUUCAGCAAGGUUAAUGACAUCUAUUCCGAAUUCUUCAAGGACAACGCUGUUGCACCGUCUCGAUCAUGUGUACAAGCAGCUGCUCUUCCAAAGGGAGCUUUGGUUGAGAUUGAUUGCAUUGCUGAACUUUGA